AAUAGAUAUGGCUAAAGGCAAAGAAAAGAAACAUCAGAAGCAAAAGUCUCAAGAUAAGGAUGUUGGAAAGAAAAACAAGAGGAAACAUCAGGAGAAGAAAAAUAAGCAAAGAUUUGAUAAACAAGAAGACGUAAAGCCAGAAAAGAGCCAAGGUACAGGACUAUUCACUGUAUCUGGAUGACUCUUGUUUGUUCUCUGGACUUCACCUAUUAUCAACGCCUACUUAAUUUAUGAAUAUGGGAACAUAUUAAUCAAUGCUCUAAUCUGGACUACUAUGUAUACCUUGUACUGAGUCAUAUCUUUGAUUAGCCAUGCUGCAUUCCCGAGUGCGAUGAAUGAUAGAGUAAACAUCAUCGUUGCUAUUUUAAUCAUAUUCUGCAACUACCUAUAUCUGUACCCAGGAUAUCAGAUCAUUACAAGACAAGUUGAGCAAGAGUCUCAUAAAGAAAGAUUAGCAGCAAGCUUAAUCAUGUUUGUUUUUGGUAUUUUCUUGACCUUAACUUCAAAUUGCCAGAAAUAUUUCACUCUUCAAGCUAUAAAGGCCCAGAAUCCACAUAAGAAAUUCUUGAUUAAGGAAGGAAUGUUCAAGUGGACCAGAAACCCUAAUUAUUUAGGAGAAAUCUUGACUUUCUUCUCCUUCUGUAAUCUCUACUCCAACUGGGAUUCAUGGAUUCUGUACAGCAUUCUUUUGUUCAGCUCAAUGUAUCCAAUGAUGCUUAAGAAAGAUGAAUCAUUGAAGACCAAAGAAGGAGCAGAGGAGUAUCUCAAAAGUAGUGGAUUCUUACUUCCUAAAUUCACAACUUGCUGGCUUGUUCUCUUUAUGACCUAUAUCAAUAUAAUUAUGUUCUUAUUGUGCUUGAACCUGUCAGGAGGAGUAGAGAAAAUGGCAAAGAAUGCUAUUUAUAUGAUAAAAACAUGUGGAAUUAUGUAAAACAUAUUUACGUCACUAUCUCUUUGUCUACUGAAUAAGUAAUGAAAUUUUAGGCAGGAAGAAGCUAAAGGAUCUCACUUUUGAUAAAAUUC